AGCCGUAGCAGCGCCAGCCGUAGUGAUUUGCUUAAACUCCCUAAUUAUAUAAGCUUUCAUCCUCGACAUUCCAGACCGUGUUUCGAAAUAUAAAUUUUAUAAGUUAACUCGUUCGUAAUUUAGUAAAUUUCUUUAAGUCUGAGUCCUUUCAGUCUUCAAACUUCCCGGCCCCAAAAUUCGGUAAGUUAUACAAGCUUUCCUCUUCAAAACUCCAUACCCUAUUUCGAAAAAUUUUUGUUUUAAAAGUUUAGUCUGCCGUAAUUUGGUAAAUUUACGUUGAGUUCGUUCAGUCUUCAAAAUUCCCGGCAGCAAUACUCGGUAAAUUAUACAAGUUCUUGUCUCCGACAUUCCAGACCGUGUUUCGAAAAAUAAAUUUCAUUGGUUUACCCAGCAUUAUUCGUUACUUACGUACGUUGAGGCUGUUCAGUCUUCAAAAUUACCGGCCGCUAUUAGGUAAAUAUUUAUUCGCUUUUACCGUAAACGAAAUAAACAACAUAUCUAUUUCACCGUAAAAAAAAAACUAGAAGCUUUCGCAUGUCUUCACAUCGACUCCAGUCAAAUGAGCAGUUUAAUUUGACCGCUGGUGAACGAACUCCCAUUCUUUUGUUCCGUACUUGUCUUGUAAUUGGCUAAAAAACUUUAGGUGGCCCCGGUUGAGUUCGUUUCACUGUAGAUUCAUAUCAGACGGUGAAAUUUUCGAUUUUCUCGCCACGAAGAAAUGGGACUAGCAACAGAGCGAGGUUUUAUGGGAAGUUUCAACAUUGCGGUAGCCAUUUUGCUUUACAACACGACCUAGUGCCAGUUCUCUUUGCGCUUUUAAGACGGACAACUUUUCGGCAUAUGGCCUUCUCGAAUUCAAAUUCGACGAACAAAUGCCAGACGAUUUGUCCGUCCUCUAGUGUGAAAAUGGCCAAUGUCAGCAUUAUGUUAUGAAUCGACGCGAGAAUUCUCUUUGAUGUUUUUUUCUUUUUAAAAUAUCGUACACUUAGUGCCCUAACACGUACUUUUUCCGUCAUUUAACUAUUUGGGAAAAAUGUAAUCUGUAAUUCUGAUACACUGUGUGAGUGGUAGUUGCCUAUGACCUCUCAGGAUAUAGACACAGGCUGACAACGGCUGUUUUGCUCAACAUGGCACACCGUUUGGAAGAUUUCGGAUUGCUUUUUCAUCACAAAACCAGCAGGUGGACGCCAUUUCUCGUGCGUAUGUUUGGUUAUAAAUCAAGAUGGGCGUAAAAAUAUUGCAAAGAGGAUCAGCAUGCAGCAAUUCACUUGCCAAAGGUAUGAGUGCCAUCUUUGGGUCUCUCGUUGUUCUCAAAGUAUUUUGACGUCUCCCACGAUCUACAAAUGAACAAACAAGUGUGAAAAUGGAAUCUUCCUGCAAAUUAUACCAUAAAAAAUCGAACUGAUGACGUAAACUUAAUAUACUAUGACGCGUUCGUAAAAUCCGAUAAUUAUGCGCAAAGUUUAAUUCUAGUCAGACCAUGUCGAUAGUACGAAAGCCAAGAAAUUAAUACUCAUUCCUUCCGAUUUCAACAAAAUGACAUCGUUACUUAGUCCUCCGGGAUGUUUCGUGGCCCAGCAGCGUAAAAUGGUCCACGAUUCUUCCGCGCAUGUUUAUCCUAAUAGCGGUAAAAGUGAUGAUAUUGACCCCGCACUAACGUCCUACGUUAUUGACUUCGCUAAAAAAGAAGGAAAACCAGCACUACCCAGACCUUGCUCUGUCACAAGAAGAAAUCGACCACACCCAUCUCAGAAUUUUCUCAACUGGAGGAUUCCUUCAGCACCGCCAGCGUCCCAUAAAACUUCGAACGCAAACAAAGCUUUCUUGAAUUUGUCACUCUUGGAAACCAAGGAAAGAUUUUACGACGAGUACGUUGGCAGAUUUAAUUCAGAGAAGCACGUUCUUUGUAAAGAAAUUGGCUCUCUUUCUCCUUGUUAUCCAACAAGAUCUAAACUUCCUCAAAGUGCUGGCCUGAAAGGCGAACCAAACGAGGAACGCAGUUGCCCUCGCAGGUGCACAGUGCUACCUCUCUGUAUUUCUAAAGACGCAGGACACAAGUAUGAUUCUCUAGUCUCCAGAACACCCUCGAAAGAAAAAAGAAUUGUUGAGAGUUGUUUAGACGCUGGAGAUAUCGGAUACAUUAGAAAGAACUUUGCAUACGUUGUUCGUCCGGAGGCGAUACCUGCCAUACACCAGUGGCUGAAGUCUCAAGAUGAGACAGUUCGCGAUGUCGUAUUUAGAUUUUUUAACAAGCUGAACGGAAACUCAACGCGCAAUCAGGAUCGUGAGAUGGAUCGAAAAUCUUGCAAAUUUCGGCGCUUCAUCGGCAAGAAAACGACGGAAGAGAUAUCCAGGACUGGUCGAAAUUUGAUUACUGAUCAAGUUCGCCAAAAGCUCUCAAAAGGCAAACAAGCAAUUAAAUGCCCGACCCUAAGGAGGAGCUCGAAAUCGAAACGACGUCCCAUGAUUUCUGCAGAAGACCUCAUCACAAACAAGAGCACAAUGUUCAUGCAACCCCAUCGAUGUCUACCGGGGCAGUUUGAGAUCCAUCCAGAAUUUCAUUUUAAUCGCUUUGGCAAAAAUCUCGCGGUUUUUUAGCCAUGGAAAAUUAGCACUCGUUACUUCGUGUGCAGUGUUAUAUAUACUGACAUAAAAAGAUAGUUUACGUUGGAAGUUUGAAGUUUAGUUAUAUAUAUAAACCUGUUAUUGAGCGAAUCUCAUGAAAUAUUCUCUCUAAUAGUUUCUCAUAAACAGCCUUGCAUUAUAAUUUGGUCGCCAGUGUUAAUAACUAUAUCAUGUGUUUAGAUGUUAGACGUUCAAUUUGUGCUGCUCUUUUGCUUCGUUUUGUUUAUGCAACCUCUGUCGAAUAAAUGGCCCAUUCAUGCAAUCAGAGACAGAUAAAACCUGUUUUGAGGAUGUCUUACAUAGAUAUCAAGUAAACUGAUGCUUAAUUAGAAAUACUUUAAAGCACUUUACUAUAACUAUUGCUUACCUUAAUGAACAUGUUUAAACGUGACAUUUGUGACAGUGAAGACUUCACAAUUAAAAAAAAUUCAUUACAGAAAAAAACGGAAUUAAACGCUAAGUAGGUAACCUCA